GAAAUCCAAACCCAUAUUCAUUACAACAGUCUCGAGAGAGAGAUAUGGAGAAAAGUAGUCGUACGGUGUGGUUGUUCGUGAUGCUACUUUCGUGGUUUCUUCUGCAGCCGGGAUUCGGCGGCGGCGUAACUGUUGCUGCUGUCGCCGCCGACGAUCCUUAUGCUCUUUACUGCAGCGACGACAUGUACUUCAAGGGCGACCACGAUCUCAAGGCGCAGAUCAAGAUAGUGCUUCAGAACUUGCUCGAGAAAACAAACUACGCUGCUUCCAAGGAAUCCGAUAUCCGGUCGACGUUCGAAUACCCUUCCUACGAUCCUCACGUCUACGGUUCUGCAUUCUGUCAGAGGUCGAAACCGGAGGACUGCGCGCAGUGUCUCAGGACGGCCAAAAAAAUGCUUCUUCGUGGGUGUUACCACAACUCCGGCGCUGAGUUCUACUCCGAGCUAUGUUUCUUGAGAUUCGAGUUCUAUAACUUCAUUUCUUGAAAUCUACCGUUAAGGCAGACGAGAUUUACCUGCACUACUAUUCUGGGUUGCAGGUGCAUUCCGCUACUUGGCAACGUGGUUUGAAAUUUACCUCCUUUACUAUUUUGAUCAAUAAAGUUAGCAGACGUGA